AUGGCAUUCCCAAUUCAACAGGCUCUGGAGACGAGUAGGAGAAGCUCAAGCCCGAAGACUCACAUUAUCAAAGCAAGCCAUGGCCAUGCCUUCGAGGUGAAGAAGGGCGAGCAGUUCAGAGUGGUCGAUCUCUACGGCGAGCAGAUCGUCGACUUCGCCGCCUGGGUGGCCAACACCAACUUGAUCCAAAAGCUCAGCAUGUCCUACUCUCGUUAUCAUCUAUCCGGUGUCCAGCCUGCAGUAGGCGAGUGUCUAUGGGACAACACCGAUGAGCCCAUCCUUCGCGUGGUGGAAGACACUGUAAAGGUCCAUGACAUGACGUUCAUGUCUUGCAACCCCGAGUUCUACCAGAAGAUGGGGGCGAAGCACCACCGUAGCUGUGCCACUAAUAUUGCAGAAAAAAUGCAGUUCUAUGGCAUGGGCAGCUACCUUGAAGUUACUGACCCUUUCAACAUAUUUCAAAACACCCCGAAUUACUCUCUCAAGCCGCUGGGCACCAGCAAGCCCGGUGACUAUAUCCAAUUCGAAGCUUUGAAGGACUGCGUCUGUGCCGCAAGCUGUUGUCCAUAUGUGCGUUCCGCUUUCCCCGCGACUACCACGGGUGAUGUGACCACAUGCUUACCGUAG